AUGGCAUCCCUCACUCUCGACCCGAACUAUGGUUACGUCCUCCUCGCCGCAACCUCCACCUUCCUCAUGAACGUAGCCCACGCGGCCAACACGGGCAAGUACCGCAAGGCAGCCAAGAUCGCGUACCCAGCCGCCUACGCGCCCGAGUCGCGCACCGACGAGGCCGCCAACCGGUUCAACUGCGCGCAGCGCUCCCACGCUCACUUCACCGAGAACCAGGUGCCGCUGCUGGGCAGCCUGGUGCUGGCCGGCAUGCGCUUCCCGCUGACCGCCGCUGCCAUGGGCUUCGGCUGGAGCGUUACGCGAUAUUUGUUCAUGGUCGGCUAUUCUCAGGGCGGGGAUGGGAAGGGGAGGUAUAAGGGGGCGGCCUCGUGGCUGUUUCAGUUUGGGCUGUUGGGCUUGACGGGGUAUAGUGGGGUGGCUAUGGUUAUGGGGUGGUAA